AUGGGAGCAAAACUUUCAUCAUCAAAAAAAAGAAAAAGUAAAGUGAUCACUAAUUCAAAUCAGCAAUCAUCAUCAGAAGCAACAAUAUCUUAUAAUGGGGAUCGUAAAUAUUUAGUUCACACAGAAAAAGUCACUGACAUUCUUCCAGCUGAUGAUGAUGAAAUUGCAAGAACAAACACAAUUCAUUUCUUGCACAAAAAAUAUAUGGAUGAUACUAAUUUUUCAGCACCAAUUACAAAACAAUUGGAGAAGGGAGAUGGUUUUAAUGUGCUGGAUGUUGGUUGUGGAAGUGGCGCAUGGACAUUAGAUAUGGCUACAACAUACCCAAAUGCUAAUUUUUUGGCUGUUGAUAUUAUUCAAACAUUUCCAAAUGAAAUUAGACCUAAUAAUGUAAAUUUUUUACUGGGAAAUAUAAUCACUGGAUUAAAUAUUGAAUCAAACACAUUUGAUUAUGUGUUUAUGAGAUAUAUGAAAUCUUCUAUACCAAUAAAUGAUUGGUCAAAAGCUAUAGGUGAAAUGAUAAGGGUGGCAAAACCAAAUGGAUGGUUGGAAUUAAUAGAAACGGAUGAUAGCUUUACAGAUGGAUCUCCUGAAUGCUUGGAGCUUAUGGAUAAAGUUGAAAAAAAAUUAAAAAAUAACUAUGGCCUAACCACCAAACCUUUUGAAGUUAUAAAAAAUAUCUUGCUAAAUGAGCAUUUUGACAUCAUAACUGAUGUACAGUUUUUCAAAAAAAAAAUACCAAUGUCAGGACAUUGGGAUAAUGAUCUAGACAAUAAAAUUGCUAAAGUUUUCUAUGAUAUUGCGUUUUGGGGAAGUAAAAGUUAUAAACAUUCACUUGAUUGUUUGGAUUUAACUCCUGAUGAAUAUGAUAAAUAUGUUGAAAAGGCCUUUGAAAGUGUUAAAGAUCGUAGAUGCACAUGUUCAAUUUAUAGAUCAAUUGCAAGAAAAAUUUAA